UGUCAUUUAGAAUUGCAAAUUCAGUAUUCCUUUUACGUUUACACGCUCUCAUGGCUGCGCCAAUUGUAAACAAAGAGUACCUCCAGGAAAUUGAGAAGGCUCGCCGAGACCUUCGUGCUCUUAUCUACAGCAAGAACUGCGCUCCUAUUAUGCUUCGCAUAGCGUGGCAUGAUGCUGGAACGUACGAUGCUAGAACAAGGAAUGGAAUACCUGGAGGGCCUAACGGCUCUAUCAGGAACAAGGAAGAGUUAAACCACAGUGCAAAUAAGGGAUUGGAAACUGCAGUUCAGUUUUGUGAAGAAGUGAAGGCCAAACACCCUAAAAUCACAUAUGCUGACCUCUACCAGCUUGCAGGGGUUGUUGCUGUAGAGAUCACCGGAGGUCCAUCCAUUAACUUUGUUCCGGGUAGAAAAGACUCUAAUCAAUCUCCACCUGAAGGCCGCCUUCCAGAUGCCAAACUUGGUGCAUCACAUUUAAGAGAAGUUUUCUACCGCAUGGGCCUGUCCGACAAAGACAUUGUGGUAUUAUCGGGAGGCCAUACAUUGGGAAAGGCAAAUAAGAGAUCUGGCUUUGAAGGCCCCUGGACAAAGGAGCCUUGGAAAUUCGACAACUCAUACUUCGUGGAACUACUGAAAGGGAAAACGGAGGGACUCCUGCAACUUCCGACGGACAGGGUGUUGGUGGAGGAUCCAGUGUUCCGUCGCUAUGUUGAGCUAUAUGCUAAGGACAAUGAUGCAUUCUUCAGGGAUUAUGCAGUAUCACACAAGAAACUAUCAGAACUAGGCUUCACUCAACCUUCUUCGGCUCCGAAAGUCCUAGUUACUCUUACAAUUGCUGCACUAAUCGCUGCAUUGGUGUACGAUAAAUGCAAAAGUUUCGUCCAAGACAUGAAGACUCUCGUUUAGGGCAGUAACGUACCUAUCCCUCGUUUGUAUAUACCCGUCUCUCUCAAUCUUUCUCGUUACAUGGUCACCACAGCAUGUAUAUGUAUUAUGUUCAACACUUCAUUAUAUAAUCUAGAUUGGUUUUAUUGUUCAAAA